CUGUCAUUUAUUUUUCGAAGUGCCUACCUAAUAUUUACAAAUAUGUUUAUCCUUCGUGAAUUUUUUCAUUCGGUGAUUCCUGGGUUCUGGGGAUUCCAACAAUUUUCGGCAAUUAUAAAGCAACGCUGUAUAUCAUCCAUUGAUAAUUGAUAAUUCGUAGGUUAGAUUAAAAAACGGAAAGUGAAAAAACACCUAUUAAUAAACAAGUUGACUUGAUAAUUUUGUUAAUAUGAUUUCGCAAAAUACAGUCUUCAGGAGCCACUCCCAAAUAAACUUAAUGAAUGAACUGAAAAUCUUCAUUAAGAGUGCAACGAUAAAAGACAAAUCCACAUUAUUGGACCUGACUAAAACCGCUUUGACCCUUUUAAAGAAUUUACCCUCUUGUAGAUCGGCAGUAUUCGAUUUCUUUUGUACCGUUUUUCAUACAACCUCAUUAAAUUAUAUAGAAGGAAUAGAAACGGAAAUAAAUACGGGAAAGUUGCCGUCUCUGCCGGAAACAGAUGAGAUUGUUAUAUCAGAAAUAUAUGUGGCAUUAACUUCAUUAAUAGCAGAAAAUUCGACAGCUUGGGCGCCAAUAAUCAGUACAUGGUCGUUAGAGCUAUUGGGAGAUAUUUCAACCAAGUAUGCUGGCCGGGCACAUAUUUCAUCUAGCUUGAAUGAAACUCUGCAAUUGUGGAUGGGCUGUCGAGCAACCAAAACCCUGGUUGAUAUAAAUACCAAGUGUUUGUCAAGUCUUAUCUACUCAGACACAGAAGCGUGCAUUAGUGCUUUAUUAGACACAUCUGUGAAACAUUCACCCAAUUUUGAUUGGGUUGUUGCCCAUGUUGGAAGCUGUUUUCCCAAUACAGUUAUUACCAGGGUGUUAUCAGUGGGCUUGAAAGAUUUUUCACUGAACAGGUCAUAUGACCAAGUCUGCAAUUCACCAAAAUUAAAAUCGGUCGUUGGCAUUCUGGGUCAUCUUGCAGGAAGCCAUGUGCAAGACAUAAGAAAUGCCAUAGUGGAAAUGUUUACUUGGAGUUUGCGUGAAGCUUUUACAGACACAGAUGCUAGCAGGGUGCAGAAGAAGGCUACUGUGCCUUAUAUUUUGCAUUUAGCUUAUUUGUCUUCAACCCUUCUCUCAUCAAUUUGUAACGAAACAAGACUAUUGCUGACUACAGAUGUUAUUGGAAAGUUGUACCACAUGGCGGAUGAUUGGAUAAAGUAUUUUGGAACUCCUGAAAAUUUGGAAGAUCACAUUAUCACAUUAAUACUUAGAUGUGAGACUGGUGGGAUUCAAAUCAUUAAUUUAUUACUAAAUUGUGCCCAAAUUACAAAACUUAAAGGCUGCAAUGACAUUAUAAAAAGCUGCAUUAAAGAGAAAGCAUUGGAAAUUCUCGAAAAUAUUAUUUACAAAAUAGACGAUUCGAUUCGAAGCGGCGAGGCUGUGGAAAUAAUGACUUCUUGCUGCAAGGAUAUUCAAGAGAUUAACAAAAUGCUUUUGAGUCCAAACAAAAUCGAGUCAGAAGUGGCGGGUCGAUUUGUUAUUUACUUGGGCAAUAUUAAUCCGUCAAAUUUAAUAAAAUCCUCAACUUAUCUCCUAGAAUAUGCUACAAAGUCGGAACAAUUGGUGCUGCUCUUAAAAUUGUUGCUCAACGAGUUAGGGGAUAAGACAGUGCCUCCUUAUAAUGAGAAGGGCGGUUAUUUCUCUGUCGUUUUGGAGCAAAUUCUGAGCAGGAACAUACAAAAGUUCUCGAACACAAAUAAGGAGAAUUUAGAUUUAUCGCAAAUGUGGGACAAUCUGCUGACGUUGUUAAAGUGGGAAAAAAAGAAACAAAUCGCUUUAAUGGAUUGCCAUAUUGUAACCAAAGCGUUGGAAGAGAACUUUAUAAAGUUGACGUCGAUAUUCUCGAGCGAAGUAAGCCACAUACAUAUAAUAGCGGACAUAUUGGACGAAAGUGAAAUGCCCAAUGUUGGAUCUUGUUAUAGCCCUUCGGUAAGAAUAAUACUCAAUCUAACGCAGGCUACCGUGAAUUAUUUUUUCGCCUGUUGCCGCGAGGAGGGAACGUCUCGAAAACUGAAGGGCUUCAAAAAAGUUUGCAACAUUAUGAAACGUCUCUGCACCUACUCGAAAGUAGCGAAAGUGUUGGCUUUGAGGGAGCUGCUGGAGAGGGCUCUGUUUAGAAGCGACAACGUUUUGUUCGGCGCUAAAAAUCAAGUAAUUCACGACGGCAGCGAAAAACUGCUCCUAAAGCAGAAUAAAAAGUUCAACAAGACCAUACCGCUAACGAAGCACUCGUCAUUAUUUAACGGCGGUAUAAUAGGCAAGGGCAAACGUAAAGCGGUUGCUGCGGAAGAAAUCCACCCUGAUGUCGUGGCGUCCAACACCUACGAACUUAUAAACACGAUCAAAGCGUGCUGCGCUUUGCCGGAAGAAAAGAAGUAUACGGAAAUAUCUUUGGACAGUAUGACUCUCUUGUCUCUCCUGCUGGUGCAGUUUGUUAGUCCCGACGUGAUGUACAACGGACUUCCUUGGCCUGAAGAGGAGUUUUCAAAGGUCACUAUUGAACGAGAUUUGUUCAUAAGGAGAAUGUUCAUCAAUAUUCCUCUCCUUUGGGACCUAUUGAGUUUCGUCGCCAUAAAUCGUCCUGCCCUGUGUUAUUGUUCGGUGCUACUGCGGGCGCUGACUGCGACUUUAAUACACCAAUGGAAGAGCGUCGGCAGUCACACUAAAUCCAGCGAGACCGAGAAUUAUCGCACCCUGAUGAGUACUACCGUUAAAGUAAUAGAUAUCAUGUCCUUGGGGCAGCUUCUUCCCCCUCCUUUGCCAAGUAUAGGAAAGAUUCUGCCCCACUUGGAGUAUUACGAGAUUGUGGACAUUUUACGAGACUGCGUGUGGUGUUACAUGAGGGAUCAUAUUCCGUCGCCGGCAUUGUUUAGUUGCGACGUCAAUGAGAUCCACUGGCGGGAUCCGAUAACGGCGAGACCUCCCGAGAUUUACACGAACACGUUGCGCAUUAUCAUGCAACGCAAUAUAGGAACUUUGGGAUCCAUGUACUCCCAGAUGUUUAUAAACCUUCCCACUCAUUAAUAAAAUAU